CAAUGGUACACCGGCUCCAUGAAGGCGGUGUGUGUUUGGCUGACAGACAGACUGGACCUGCAGCUCCACAUGUACCAGCUGAAGACGCUCAUCAAGAUUGUGAAGAAGACCUACCGCGACUUCAGGCUGCAGGGCGUCCUGGACGUCACGCUGAACAAUAAGAGCUACGAGACCAUCUACAACCGGCUUACGGUGGAGGAAGCCACCGCCGCCGUCAAGUCGGGCGACGGCCUGCAGGGCAUCAGCAUGAGAGACAGCGAUGAGGAGGACGAUUGAGCGCACAUCAAACCUUCACGCACCCCGUUACUACCUGAUCGUCACGCUCUCCGACAGAUCAGGGCCUUCCAUCACAGCGCGGUUUAGACGUGAAACAUGUCAUGGAGGUCCUGAUCAGGUGAGGAUGAGCGCUCAGGUAGUGACCCCCACACCCCCCCGUCUCCCUCGCCGUUUUACCCAACCUAUCACACGCUCAUUGCCCUGACGCCGCUGUGUAAAAACGGGUGAGAAUGUACAACAAAUAGGAAGUCGAGGAGAGGCGUCUGACGGACGCUCUGCAGAGACAGACCUCGUCCUCCAUCUCUCUCUCACCUGCAGGACAGGAAGCCCCGCCCUCCUCCGCGCGCAGCCAUACUCUGAUUGAUGUCACUUUGUACAGUAGAGCUCAGCGAUGUCGCCAGCGCAGCUCCUUUCUGUUUUUGUUUCUCACCCACAGUUGUAGCUAAUUGUAAUAAAAAAAGGCUCCGGCAGCUCUGAACCAUCCCGAGUAUGAGCGACCUUGACGGCGGCGUUUUUAACAGACAGCAGCGGCAGCAAAAUCACAUAGAGAUUUAUUUUUAUUUGACAGGAAGCUUGGAAUUGUAAGGUUCUUUCUGACUGUUUUAUCAAGGAUAAUCACGGUUGUGUCUUUGAAUGUUACUAUGUUACCGUUUUAUUUUGAAUAAUCAAUUCUGGUUGUUCUCAAUCACUCUUCGUACUUAAGACCCAAAAAAGUCGUGCACUAUAAUUCUUAUAUAACCAUGAAAGCGUGAGCUAGAGGACUGUGAUGACUUGUGCACUGCAGGCUGUCCUCCGUCAAAUGACCGCAGAAAAGGAGAGAGUCGGGUCACGUAGUGUAAAAAGCGACAGAUUCUGCAUCAUGGAUGU